AUGGCCCCGGCCAAGCUCAACGUGCUCGUCUAUACAGGCCUCGGCACUACUGUCGAGUCUGUCAAGCAUUGCAUAUGGACUCUUCGCCGUCUGCUCGGACCUAAUUAUGCCGUUAUUCCCAUCACUGAGACUAUUCUACUCAAGGAACCAUGGGCGUCAACAUGCGCCAUGCUCGUGUUCCCGGGUGGUGGUGACUUGGGCUACUGCCAGGCGCUGAAUGGCGAGGGAAAUCGCCGCAUCAGCGACUUUGUACGGAAGGGCGGCGCAUACCUGGGCUUUUGCGCCGGAGGCUACUACGGAAGCCGAAGAUGCGAAUUUGAAGUUGGAAACAAGCCUCUCGAGGUCAUCGGCAGUAGGGAGCUUGGCUUCUUCCCUGGAACUUGUCGCGGAGGAGCCUUCAAGGGCUUUGAGUAUCGCAGUGAAAGCGGAGCUAGGGUUGUGCAGCUCAAGGUAUUCAAGGAAGCCUUUGAGCAGGAAGUCGAAUCCGAGAUCGUCUCGUACUACAACGGUGGUGGCAUUUUUGUUGAUGCUGCUUCCAUCAAGGAGAGAAAGGUCGAGGUUCUGGCUUCCUAUGAAGAGGAGACAGAUGUUGAUGGCGGAGAUGGCAAGGCGGCUGUUGUUCUCUGCACCGUUGGCAGUGGAAAGGCAUUACUCACUGGUCCUCACCCUGAGUUCGCUGCCAUCAACUUGCACCCCCAUCCGACCAUCCCCGGCUAUGACGAGCUGAUCAGCAGGCUAGCCGACGCUGACAAGCCUCGAGCCGAAUUUCUCAAGGCAUGUCUGACCAAGUUGGGCCUCGAGGUCAGCCAGCAUGACUCUGGUAUCCCGUCUCUUUCACGCCUCCACAUCUCAUCCAUCGACGACACUGGAGUAUCGGAGCUGCUAGCCGACUGGGCCGACAUCAUCGACAAGGAAGACGGCGAAGAAUGGAUCCGGGCAGAGACGGACACGUUCCACAUUCAAAACGAGGAUACCAUCUGGAGUGUUGAGGGUCUGCAACAGUCCCUAGCAGAGACGAACGGCUCCAGCAUGUCUGAAAAUGGCAUCAUCGACUACACAAAAGUCAUCAAGAAGAUCUUUCCCCACGAGAAGGGCCAUCCGCAUCCGAAGCUUACUCCUCAAUUCAAUCAUGGCCUGUACUUUUCAGGGUUGAAGCGUUACCGACAGAUUGAGCCCACAGCUCAGGAUUGGGGUAACUUGCUCAUGUAUGGCGAGGUCCUGACCAGCACAAACACCAUCCUCGAGAAAAACCCCAAGCUCAUGUCAAAACUCCCGACUGGCUUCACAGUUGCAGCCACCACUCAGGUUGCCGGCCGAGGUCGUGGAAACAAUGUCUGGAUUGCACCCCCUGGAAUGCUCAUCUACUCCGUCGUUAUCAAUCAUCCCGCUCACCUCGCCGUAUCUCGCCCUGUGGUGUUUAUCCAGUACAUUGCCGCCGUGGCUAUGGUUGAAGCCGUCCAGUCGUACGACCGCGGCUAUGAGAACAUCCCCAUCAAGCUCAAGUGGCCCAACGACCUUUAUGCUCUCGAUCCCACAAAGUCGGCAGACAAGCCUCACUACGUCAAAGUCGGCGGCAUCCUGUCUCAGUGCCUCUACUUCAACGGCGCCUACCAAAUCAUCCUUGGUAUCGGUCUCAACACCACAAACCCUCGUCCGACAAUGUCUAUAUCCGAUCUCGUCCCGCCCGGUGCCCCUGAGCUACACCUCGAGACCCUCCUUGCCCGUGUACUAACCCGCCUCGAGGCCAUCUAUGCCCAGUUCCUCCGGGAAGGUUUCUCACGCGACCUCGAGGCCCGUUACUACCGUCACUGGCUACACACAGGCCAAGCCGUCACGCUUGAAGCUGAAGGUGGUGUAAAGGCUCGCGUUUUAGGCAUCACACGUGACUGGGGCAUGUUGAGGGCUGAGGAAACGGACGCAAGCGGGAGGGCAACGGGCAAAAUCUGGACCCUGCAGAGUGACGAGAAUAGCUUUGACUACUGGAAGGGUCUGUUGUCUAAGGAUACUUACUUUACCAUGCUCUCAUAUCGGCAUUUUAAUAUGUGGUUUCUUUACUUUCUCCUUUGGCAAGUACUGUCAGUUGGCUGCUUGUCUAGCGAUACCACUACGGCCAGCGAGAUUGUUCUGUUUCCGUUUCCUGAAGGGUCCCCCAUCGAGGUUCAAAGUUCGACUGGCAGCGUAGAGUCCGACUCCCCUUGGUCUGAGAGUCCUUUCACGAAAGUGUGGAACGCUGACCAAGAUAGGGAUGAGGAAUCUACGACUGGCAACUUCUUUGGCUUUAUUUCGACGAUCAGUCUCGCUCCGCAGACGUCUUUGGAGGAUACUUGGUCUACGGAGACGGUGACUCAUGAGGAUGAGACGGCCUUUCCCACGGUGACGUUGGUGGACGAGGAUGAUACGAGCUCACUCGGGAGAGAGACCGCCAACGAAACCAAUGUCGAGACGACGUUCGAGAUACCGACGCUGGAACUACCAUCGGUAUCGAGUUCGUCGACUGGUUCAAGCCUUUCGUUCACGACACUUCCGCGGGCCACGACAACCGCGGAGGAGUGGCCAACCCCAGAGGUGACGACAACUGUUCCUGGGACUGCUCCUGGUCUCUCCCCAGGCCAAAUAAUCGGCAUCGUCACAGGCACCAUAGCCUCUCUGGUGGUUGUCAUAGUGGUCAUCCUCCUCUUCCUGCUGUGCCGCCGUCGCAAACACCGGGCAGCGUCACGCCGACCAACGAUCCGCCUAGUCGGCGGACCGGACCCUGAUCCAACGGAACGGGGCUCGCAGAUAUACCUGCCCGUGAUGCAGCGGCAGGUCGUGGACAGCAGAGAUCUGUUGGCCGGAGGAGUUCGGAGAAGUGGGUCCCCGUCUCGGCGCUCUGACCGGACCGUCUCGGAGCUGUCACCCAGCGAGGCGGCUGAAGGCAGGGACACGAUCGAUGGGAUAGUUGAUGGGUAUACUUCCAGUGUUUAUAGUCAACCGAGUGACCAGGGGGAUUCUCGGGGUGGUACUAGGAGUUAUGCAGAUUUUAGUCAUUGA